CCCACCCGUUCCAACUUGUUAUGGCAGGAAGAAGCCUACCGUGCAAGGGUUUGAACGUUGUCACUCGGGAAAGUUAACUUGUUCCAGUAAUGGAAACGAAUUUGAGAUGACUGCAACAUUGGAGUCUACGGCGAUAUAACAAAGAACAACUUGUUGUAUAGAAAAAUAUUGUGGAAGUAGGAAGAACCGUAUAUUCUUUUACCGAGUUUUAGCCUAGCUAGCUAGCAUUACAUUAGCCAUCAGUCACUACCGCACAGACACUCAGGGAGGCACUCAGUGUUUUUUUGGGAGGGGAUUACGGACGACUCUCCUUGCGACUAAAAUUGCACAACAUUUGUUGUAAUCGUAAAGUUUUGUUUGUUCCAUCAACAAAGAGUCGUCAAGAGUAGCUUACAAUACGUUUUCUUUCCACUGUUUGGGGGUACUUUGAAUUUCCCUCCUUUUUCAAUCCCAGGCGGAUGAAAAGGGGUUUGGGGUUGUUGUCUAGCACCAGUUAACUAGCCAUUUGCUAAUAGUUGUAGUCAGUUAUCAAGGGUACUUGGCUAUACUUUUUUUUCUUCCCGUCGGAAAGGACAACUUUUGAUAACUUUGUAUCGAGGCAAAGUCGGGAAAUCACCGGGUGUGUUUGUGGAUUUAUUUUUGUUCUCCCUUUUGAGGAAACUAUCUCUACACAAAUGGAUCCUAAUUCUGGGAAUUCUGCCUCUGCCUCCAAAAGCAAGAAGGACAAGAAAGAAAAGAAAAACUAUGAAGAUGGAGACGGCAAAAAGAAAUUUAAACUCAAACGGCUGAUUCCUGAUGAGUUGGAGCGUUUCACCAGCAUGAGGAUGAAGAAGGACAAGGAGAAGCCUCAUGCAGCCGGGCAGCGCCACUCCAACGCUGCCCACUACGAGGUUCCUACCCAGGGGACCAUGCUGCACGACCACCCUGACGAAUACGUCCUGGAACUCUUCGAACAGAUGCUGGUGGAUAUGAACUUGAACGAGGAGAAGCAGCGGCCUCUGCGGGCGAAAGACAUCGUCAUCAAACGAGAGAUGGUGUCUCAGUACCUCCACACGUCCAAAGCUGGUCAGAACCAGAAGGAGAGCUCCAAGUCAGCCAUGAUGUACAUCCAGGAGCUGAGGACUGAGCCCAGAGACGCACAGCUCCUGGGCUGUCUGGAAUCACUCCGGGUCUCCCUCAACAACAACCCUGUCAGCUGGGUGCAGAACUUUGGAGUCGAGGGCCUGGUUCUGCUGCUCAACAUCAUGAGGAAAAUCCAGGAGGAGAGGGACGAGUACCCAAACAUGGGCAUGAAGUGUCAACACGAGAUUGUGCGCUGUCUCAAAGCCUUCAUGAACAACAAGUAUGGUCUGAAGGCCAUGUUGACGUCUGCCGAGGGCAUCCUUCUUCUGGUCCGAGCCAUCACCCGGGUCCCUCACAUGAUGGUGGAUGUGGUCAAACUGCUCUCGGCCAUCUGCAUCCUGGAACACCCUGACAACCUUCAUGAGCGUGUUCUGGAGGCCAUCACUGAGGAGGCAGAAAAGCAGGACAAUGAGAGGUUUCAGCCACUCCUCUUAGGUAUGAACAAGCCCAACAUCGCCUUGAAGAAUGGCUGUAUGCAGCUCAUCAACGCUCUCAUCAGUCGAGGAGAAGAGCUGGACUACAGGAUCCACAUCCGCUCAGAGCUGCUGAGACUGGGCCUACGAGACCUGCUGACGGAUAUUCGGACCAUAGAGAAUGAGGAGCUGAGGGUGCAGCUCAGUGUUUUUGACGACCAGGCCGAGGAUGACUCUGAUGAACUCCAGGCCCGCCUCAACGACGUGCGCAUCGAGAUGGAUGACGUGACCGAGGUGUUCCAGAUCCUGAUGAACACGGUCAAAGACUCCAAGGCCGAAACACACUUCCUGUCUCUGAUGCAGCACCUGCUGCUGGUUCGCAACGACUACAUGGUCAGGCCCCAGUACUACAAGCUGAUAGAUGAGUGUAUAGCUCAGAUCGUGUUGCACAGGAACGGAGCCGACCCAGACUUCAAGUGCCGUAAUCUCAGCCUGGACGUUGAGGGGUUAAUUGACAACAUGGUGGACAAGACCAAGGUGCAGAGCAGUGAGGCCAAGGCCAUAGAGCUGGAGAAGAAGCUGAAUGCAGAGCUGACGGCGCGCCAUGAGCUGCAGGCGGAGCUGAAGAAAAUGGAGGGAGACUAUGAACAUAGAGUCCAGGAGCUGGCCACUGAGAAGGAGAUUCUGGGCUCUGAGAAGCAGGCGAGAGAGAGCGAGAAUGAGACCUUACUGGGACAGAUCAACACGUUCAAAGAACAGAUAGAGACGCUCAAUAAGGAUCUGGAGGAGGCCAAGACCAGAGUUGUCACGGUCCAUGUCCCAGUUGGCCCUGCUCCUCCCACUGCCCCCCCUCUCCCAGGGCAAGUUAGGAUGCCCGUGCCCCCUCCUCCACCCCUACCUGGACAAACAUUCCUCUCUCCUCCCCUACCAGGGAUGCCUUGCCCCCCUCCGCCACCACCUCUACCAGGGAUGCCCAGCCCCCUCCGCCACCCCCUACCACCACCCCUACCCUCCCCCCUACCAGGAUGCCUGCCCCCUCCUCCUCCCCUACCAGGGAUGCCCGGCCCCUCCCCUCCUCCCCUACCAGGGAUGCCCGGCCCCUCCCCUCCUCCACUCCCUGGUGGUCCUGGAAUGCCCCCUCCACCCCCUCCUGCACCUGGCAUGGGCAUGCCCCCGCCUCCUCCUGGUAUGGGGGGCUGGGGAGCCCCUGUGCCACCCCCUCUGCCCUUUGGCCUGUCGCCCAAGAAGGAGUACAAGCCUGAGGUGCAGCUGAAGCGGGCCAACUGGAGCAAGAUUGGAUAUGAGGAUCUGUCUGAGAAGAGUUUCUGGACAAAGGCCAACGAGGAUCGCUAUGAGAACAACGAGCUCUUUGCCAAACUCACCCUGGCCUUCUCCUCCCAGACCAAGAUGAAGGGGACUAAGAAAGACCAGGAGGGAGAGGAGGAAAAGAAAACAACCCAGAAGAAGAAGGUGAAAGAGUUGAAGGUGUUGGACUCCAAAUCAUCUCAGAACCUUUCCAUCUUCCUGGGCUCGUUCCGUCUGCCCUACGAGGAGAUCAAGAACGUCAUCCUGGAGGUCAACGAGAAGCUGCUCUCUGAGUCCAUGGUGCAGAAUCUUAUCAAGCAGCUGCCUGAACAGGAAACGCUAAAUGUUCUGGGUGAGAUGAAAGAUGAGUAUGAAGACCUCGCAGAGGCCGAGCAGUUUGGAGUCGUGAUGUCAACGGUGAAGCGGCUGAAGCCUCGGCUGACGGCCAUCUUGUUCCGGCUGCAGUUUGAGGAGCAGCUGAACAACAUCAAGCCAGACGUGGUGUCCGUGACGGCGGCCUGCGAGGAGCUGAGGAAGAGCGCCACCUUCUCCCAGCUGCUGCAGAUCAUCCUGCUGGUGGGCAACUACAUGAACGCCGGUUCCCGCAACGCCAAGGCCUUCGGAUUCAGCAUCAGCUACCUCUGCAAGCUGCGGGAUACCAAGACGGCUGACCUGAAGCAGACGCUGCUGCACUUCCUGGCUGACGUUUGUCAGGAGCAGUAUCCCGACGUCAUGACCUUCCCAGACGAGCUCAUCCACGUGGAGAAGGCCAGCCGAGUGUCGGCUGAGACUCUGCAGAAGAACUUGGAGCAGAUGGGCCGUGCGCUGAAGAGUCUGGACAAAGACCUGGAGACCUUCCCUCCUCCACAGAGUGACAGGGACAUGUUCAUAGAGAAAAUGAAUAGCUUCGUGGGCACUGCCAGAGUGCAGUACGAGAAGUUGGACAUGAUGCAUAAGAACAUGGAGAAGCAGUACUCUGACCUGGGGGACUACUUUGUGUUCGACCCUCGCAAGAUUUCCGUCGAAGAGUUCUUUGGCGACCUCAACAACUUCAAGAACAUGUUCCAGCAAGCCGUGAAGGAGAAUGCGAAGAGGAGGGAGGCGGAGGAGAAGAUCAAGAGAGCAAAGCUGGCCAGAGAGAAGGCUGACAGGGAGAAGGAGGAGAAACAGAAGAGAAGCCAACAACUGGACCUCAACGAAGAGGGUGAUGAGACUGGUAUCAUGGACGGCCUGUUGGAGGCGCUGCAGUCUGGUGCUGCCUUCAAGAGGAAGAGAGGCCCACGACAAGCUGCCAACCGGAGAGCUGGUCAUGCAGUAACCAACAUCCUGGCCAAAGAGUUGAUGAAGGAGGACACCCCGCCCUCCUUCAGCAAACCACUCAAUAAGAAGACCAAGGCCGAACAGAAGGAGGAGCCUAGCAUAGAGGGGGCGGGGUCACUAGAUGAUCUCUUAGAGGAAAGCCUAUCACGGUCCAGUUAAAAACGGGUUGAAGUUACCCCUUAGCCACAGAUCUUGGAUCAGCCUACCAUACCCAUAUCCUAACCUUAACCAUGGGGGCAGGGAUACAGAAACGGAUCUUAGAUCAGUGUCUAGCGGAAACUUCCUCCUACUCUCCUUCAUAGGACCACGGGAUUGGACAGACUGGGUCUGAAGGGGCCAAUGGAUGAGUGCGGGGCUCUCACCUUAACCACACCCCCAGGGUUUUGCAGGCUGGCUUGCUAUUAGUUGCUUCCACGCUGAGGGAGGGCUCUUUCUCUGCCGUAUAAACGUACAGUGUCUGGUCAAGCGUCGGCAUCUGCACACAUCCACUGCACUCUGUCUAUCGCUCAUUCAGUCUCUCUUUCUCUAUCAGUCUCUCUCGCGCACACUAUCUAUCCGUCUACUCUCCCCUCUAAAGUACGUCUUGAGACAAUCCCACAGACACUUUAUCAGGAGGGAUCCUACACCCCCCCCCCAGAGGGAUAGGAUGGAUUUCCCAAUCCGGAUGGUUGGACGGUCCUACCUAUGUGGAGGCCCUGAUGUUUUAUAGGACAGGCUUUGCUUUUUCCCAGGUUUGCUUUCAAACCUGUUAAAUGUUGCUCUGUAAUUAUCAAAUAUGCUGUAUGUUUGUCUUGCUGUAUGUUUAUAAAAGAAACAAGUGCCAACCAAUACAACUUACAUUUACAUUUAAGUCAUUUAGCAGACGCUCUUAUCCAGAGCGACUUACAACUUCAAGUUGCACAUGUCAGCCCUCGUGUUGUCCAAUAGGAGUUUGUGUUGGGUCAGGGUGGACCAAGGGAUAAGUCUAAGUGUGUUUGUGCGCCCGCCCGUGGCGUGCAUGUUCCACAGUCCUCAUCUCAUUUCCCCGGGUCUUGCUCUUUAUGUUCUCUCUGAUUCACAGGGAGGAGUCACUAUAUGUCGGUGAUAAAGACUAUAGAGCCCUAUUGGCAUCUCUCAAAGGACGUCUCCACAAGCAGGAAAUUGUGUGUGUGUGGAUGUUAGUGGUUGUUUGUGCAUCUAUGUUGUGUGCGUGCCUGCGUGUGUGAGUUUGUGCUUGGGUAUGCUCUGCCAUCUGUAAUUACUGUGUGGUUCUGCCUGCCUGUCUGCCGUCAUCAUAAAUGCUCUAUUUCCUAAACAGCGCUGUGGUCUUUCUGCUGAAGUUACAGCACACUGGAGACCUGCCCCAAAAGAAAUGCUGAGACGAGUGUGUGUCCCCGAGUGUGUGUCCCCGCACGAGUGAGUGAGUGUGUGUGUGCGUGCUUGCCCCUUUAGACUGCAACACCCGUUGCUGAAUGUCUGGCCUUUCUGGUUUUGUAUUUAGUAACCAUCAGCAAAUGUUGCCGCCACAACGUUGGUGUAAUCCAAGGAGAAUGAUAAGCAGUUCUGUCAGUUGACCCAUGCUAUACCAAUCCCUAUGCAAACAUGACAUAUCCCUACUGCUGAUCUCAAGUCAGUCACAAACGGUUAGAACAUCUGCUUGAAUAACUGUGGUUUUCCCGUAAGCGCUGAUCAGAGAUCGGUUUGUUCAGGUCUCUGGACUAGAACCAAGCACAACAUGUUGUUAUUAUCAAGAGAUGAGCGGUCGUUUCAUGAUUACAAUCGUUGCUUCCUGCAGUAUAUUUCAAAGGUAUAAAAAGGACCAACGUUACCGCAGCGUCUGUGUGACUUAACAACUGCAGUCAAGGGGCGACGAGGAAACAUUUUAGCCCUUAGAUUGUAGUUGUUCGCCAGAAACAAGAGUAUGACGUGUCGACCGUAGGACAACGUUCCUUGUGCGGAUGAGUCAUUUCAGGUGAUCCUGUCCCUAUUAUUUAAGUGGUCUUUUUAAAGGACGUUGAGGAAAGGUUGAAAAAACAUCACUGGAAAAUAAUAACAUUUUCUGGCCUGAUUUUUAUAAUUUUUUCUAGAUUUUAUUUAAUUUUUUCAUUUUAUAAGAGCUUGUUUUCUAUGUGAAUUUUUACACUUGUUUUAAUGGACGUUAAAAGUAGAGGUUAAAGUUGGUUUCUGGAGAUAUCACUGUGGUAAUGUGUAUUAAAUGAUCGUGUGUGCUGUCCGCUACCAUUAAAAUGACUUCGAUAACAA